AGUCUGUGUAACGCUUCUUGUCAAUCACGUUGCAUUGCUGUCAGAAGAAAAAAACCACAGAGCUCUGUAGAUCAACAGAGUGGCUUCACUUUGCACUUUCUGCGAUCGUAAGCCCCUAUCUCAGCUCUUCAUUCUUUUUCUUUCUUAUAUACUUGAAAACCACAGAGCCACCGAGGAGAAAAAAAAUCCCACGAACAGCACUCGCGCGCUUCUUGCCAAAGGAAAACAAACAACGGAAAAAAUAAGGUGAAGCUCCCGUGUGCAAUCAAGAAAAAAAAAGCCAGGCUGCAGCCAAUUGAGGUCACGACAGAUUUCAACGGAAAAUAUACAUCACGCUCGUUCUUUUUCCUUUUUCUUUUGCUCGAUUUGAGGUCAGAAAAAAAAAAACAGCAACUUUAUUGUCCCGACUUCAGCGAUACGCGAUCUGGCCUCCAAGCGUUCGCCUCCACUUGUCUGUUUCCUUCUUCUUGUGCCCAAUACAAUUCUAGAGGAGAUGAGCGGCACAGGCAACGGACGAAACUCGCGCCGCCGCGAAAUGGACUUCAUGCGACUCUGCAACUCCAACCGUAAGGUUUACCCUUCUGACACCGUCGCUGAGUUUUGGGUCGAGUUCAACGGCCCAGAAGGAACGCCCUACGAGGACGGCACGUGGACGCUGCACGUCCAGUUGCCGGGCGAAUACCCUUUCAAGUCUCCCUCCAUCGGCUUCUGCAACCGCAUUUUGCACCCCAACGUCGAUGAGCGCAGCGGCAGCGUCUGCCUCGAUGUAAUCAACCAAACCUGGACGCCACUCUAUCAGCUAGAGAAUAUCUUUGACGUCUUUUUGCCGCAGCUGCUGCGGUACCCAAACCCGGCCGACCCGCUGAACCCGCAGGCCGCGCAUCUAAUGCACGCCGACCGUGUCGGCUACGAUGCGCUGCUGCGUGAGCACGUCAGCACACACGCGACGGUAGAGAAGGCGCGCGCUGCCAUCCCUCACCCGUACGGCCCUUCGGCUGACUCGGACGAGGAGAGGAAUGGCGUGAAGGACACCGUGUCCGACGGAAUCGCGACGACGGCGCACACAAAGGGUCUUUCCGAUUCCUCCGUCACGCCCACCGAGGAGCACGCGCCGUUGCACGAGGACGCCGCGCUAAAUGCAGCGGAAGAGGAGGACUACGAGCCUGACGCAAUAGACAUCUAA